UCUAAACAGCUGUUUUGGUUAACAAAACACAAUUCUAUGCCAAUUGUUUACAAAAACACUCUAAAAGAGGCUAAGCAAACAAUUGGCAGGCAGUUGAAGGCUGGCCAAUCUCUGAUUAAACUAUUCCAUAAGUGAUGGACAGCCAGGCACCGAUCGAUGAUCUGCUGCUGGACAUUGUAGACAAUGCUUGGCGCAUGGAAGUUCUGCCGUUCGACCAGAUUCUAGUGCCACGCGAAAAGCUACCCGAUCCGGAGGCAGACGGCGGUGAUUCACACCUAACGGUCAGCGAACAGGAGCAAAAGUGGACUGAUCUUGCGUUGGGCUCGCUGGCACCGGACGCAGCCCUCAUCGACCAGCUCAACAUCACCUCUAUCUAACCAAGGACCUCGAGUCCACGGGCGAGCGCC